AUGGCUAUUGAAGCUGCACGCCGACGCGCCGCGCAGAAGGAGAUUCCAUUUUCCCAGUUCGAGUUCCGAGAGGUUUCUGUUGGAUCUGCGCUUGUCCUGACGGAUGAUUCCUAUGCCGAGACUUCCAUCACUCUUCAACCAUUUGCCGAGGGUACUCGCGGCCACUCGGAUAUCUGGGAUCAAUUCCGCAUCUUUUCGUGGUCUGAAAAGCGCGGCUGGACUGAGCACUGCUCUGGUCUAGUCCGAGUCCGCACCAACAAGAAGCAGCAGACCUCCGUCUCCAAUGUCGCCGAAUCCGAAGAGAAGUUCUUCUGCUCCCAAAUCGACAAGGUCAAGGAGUCGGCCACGUACAAGAUCGACAUUCAGAACUUGUACCAAGUUCUCGCAGAUGUCGGCGCAGGCUAUGGUGCUCCAUUCCAAGGACUGGAGAACUGCUUCUCCGACCCUCGCCACUCCUGUGCAGACUUGUACGUUAGGGACACCAAGAGCGGAAUGCCUAAGAAUUACGAGGCUCCUCUGACAAUCCACCCGACUUUCCUCGACGCUUUGCUGCACCUUGUCUGGCCCAUUCUUGGAAAGGGUCGCAUGGAGCUUGAUACUCUCUACAUGCCUACUCUGAUCAAGAGCUUGACCAUCAGCAGUGAGAUCCCCUCCACUCCUGGAGAUUAUACCAAGGCUUGGUGUAUUGGAGGUCCCAGUCAGCCAUCCCCUGAGCCCACCAAGUUUGAUCUUUGGGUGACUCCUAUCCACUCCAAUGAGCUCUUGAUCAACAUGGAGGGCUUGGUCAUGACUCCUCUUAAGGACGGCGGCUCGCUGGGCAAUAGCCAAACUCGUGAUCUGUGCUACAAGUUUGAAUGGCAGACCCUGGCUAGCUUGGAGAGCCCAGUCGAGGCUAACGGCCACGCCGUGACCGCUAAUGGAGCAAUGAAUGGCCAUCUCAUGCCAAACGGCAUCUCAAAUGGCCCUCUUACUCCUCUCACCCCUGAUGACGCAGUCACCAUCAAUGGAAACGGCAUUCUGCAUCAAACCGAUCUUUUGAUCACCCAGUUUGGAAAGCCAGAUGGUAAUGUCGACAAGUUGAAGGAGGCCAUUUUCAAGGACAAGUCCAAGUGGCACCCGAUAUCAACCUCACUGGAAGAUAUUGAUGCUACUGAGAAGCAUGUCGUCGUCCUUCAGACCGGAAACAAGACUCUGCGUGACUUGACCGCGGACGUUUUCGAGAAGAUCCAGAAGGCACUAUUGAAUGCUUCCCACCUUCUCUGGGUCUACCGUCUGGAUAACCCAGAUGCUCAGAUGAUUGUUGGUUUAAUCCGCAGUAUUCGCUCUGAGACUCUGGCCAAGGUUGCCACCCUCGGACUCGAGACCGAGAAUCUGGAGAAGCCCACAACUCCCAUCCUGGCCGCCAUUGAUGCUCUCUGGCCGACGAACGGAGCCAAGCCCGUCGAUGACUUCGAGUUCAAGGCCAAUAACUCUGAGCUCCUGGUUCCCCGCGCCAUGCAUGACUCUGCUACCAACGCCUUCGUUCACAACGAGACUCACGAGAUGACUAUCGCUUCCCAGCCAUUCCAACAACCCGGUCGUCGAUUCAAGCUCCAAAUCGGUAACCUCGGUGCUCUGGAUACUCUUUACUUCACUGAGGAUAUUGUUCCCGAACUUCCUGACGACGACAUUGAGAUCGAGGUCAAGGCCACCGGUCUCAACUUCAAGGAUAUCGUCGUCACUAUGGGUCAAUUGGCCCAACCUUACAUCGGCAUCGAGUGCAGUGGUAUCGUCACAUCCAUCGGCAAGAACGUGACAAGCCUUCAGGUUGGCCAACGGGUCAUGGCUCUGCCACUGGGUGCAUACUCGACCUACGCCCGUUGCCCAGCUACGAGCGCAGCUCCCAUCCCAGACAACAUGACUUUCGAAGUUGCCGCGACCGUACCAGUUGUGUUCACCACUGCGUACUACGCGCUCUUCGAUCUGGGCAGAUUGCAAGAAGAUGAGCGGGUUCUCAUCCACGCUGGUGCUGGUGGUGUUGGACAGUCGGCCAUCAUGCUGGCACAGAUGAUCGGAGCCGAGAUCUUCGUUACUGUCGGCAGCGUGGAAAAGAAGCAGUUCCUCAUGACGCAGUACGAUAUUCCGGAAGAUCACAUCCUCUACAGCCGUGAUACUUCCUUUGCCCGCGGUAUCAAGAGAGCCACUAACGGCGAAGGUGUCGAUGUGGUGGUCAACUCGCUGGCGGGUGAUCUUCUCCGUGAGACCUGGGAGUGCCUGGCACCAUUUGGUCGCUUUGUUGAGAUUGGUAAAGCCGAUAUCACGAAGAAUACUCGUCUCGACAUGUUGCCGUUUGAAUACAAUGUCUCGUUUGCCUCGGUUGAUCUUACCAAGGUUGCGGCCCGUAAGCCUAAGCUGAUGAGACGUCUUCUUGACAAUGUCACUCAGCUUAUGGGUAAGGGUGCUGUGAAGCCUAUUUCGCCUGUUACUGCGUACCACAUCUCGGAACUCGAGACUGCUUUCCGCACAUUGCAGACUGGUAAGGCCAUGGGUAAGAUUGUGGUUGUUCCUCACCCUGAGGAUCAGGUCAAGGCUGUUACAUCGAAGACUGGUCAUGUUCUGAAGGCCGAUGCUUCUUAUAUCCUCAUUGGUGGUACUGGCGGUCUUGGCCGAAGUAUGACCAAGUGGAUGUCUUCAAAGGGCGCCAGAAACAUCGUGCUUGUAUCACGAAGCGCAUCUGUCAAUGACAAGGUGCAAGAGCUGAUGGAUGAGCUGGCCGUUGACGGCACACAAAUUACCGUCAAGGCAUGUGAUGUGAGCAGCCGGGCCUCAGUCGAGAAGCUUGUCAAGGAAGAUAUGAAAGAUCUUCCUCCAGUACGCGGUGUUGUUCACGGUGCUAUGGUUCUUCGGGAUAUCCUCUUCGAAAAGAUGACUCUGGAAGACUUCAACGCAGUCGCCGAGAGCAAGGUCGAAGGUGCCUGGAAUCUCCACGACAUCCUCUCCGACUCACCGCUGGACUUCUUCGUGGCCCUCUCCUCUGUGUCCGGUACAAUCGGUAACAGAGGCCAAGCCGCGUACGCCGCAGCAAACGUCUUCCUAGAUGCAUUCAUGGAGUACCGCCGCUCGCAAGGCCUGCCUGGUACAUCCAUCGAUCUCACCGCCGUUCGAGAUGUGGGCUACCUAGCCGAAGUCGACAGCAAGCGCCAGCAGGAGGUUCUCAAGAACAUUGGCACAGACGGAAUGGACGAAGCCGAAGUGCUGGCCCUUUUCGCGGCCGCUAUCACAGGAGAUCUUACGCGAUCCUGCGGCGGCCACUGCAUUACAGGUCUCGAGCUCGGCAGCACGCUGGACCACUUCUGGGCGCAGGACGCCAAGUUCAGCAUUCUGUACGAAGAGGCCAAGGCGAGACACGGUAGUGGCAGUGGUGCUGGAAAUGGACCCUCCGUCCCACUGAACACUCAGCUUGCCAAUGCGCCGUCCAAGGAGGAGGCGUUGCAGAUUUGUUACGAGGCUCUGGCUGCUAAGUUGGCGCAGGUCCUUGUUAUUUCGUUGGAGGAUAUGGAUCCUUCUAUCACUGUUUCCUCGCUGGGUCUGGACUCGCUUGUUGCGAUUGAGAUUCGCAACUGGAUUGCUCGUGAGGCCAAUGCCAAUGUCCAGGUUUUGGAGCUCUUGUCUAGUGGGUCUCUGAUCGCGUUGGCGGAAAUUAUCCUUAAUAAGUCGCAGGCUUAG